AUGCACCUGAAGGACAAAGUGGCGCUGGUGACUGGGGCAGCCCAGGGCAUCGGCAACGCCUGCGCCCACGCGCUCCUGGAAAAGGGCUGCAAGGUAGGCCUUGUGGAUAACAAUGCAGAAGUAGGUAGGGAAAGCAAAAAUAACUUGGACAAGCAGUUUGAUACACAGAGAACCAUCUUCAUUCCUUGCGACGUUUCACAUGAAGAACAGCUAAAAGAUGCAUUUAAGAAGAUAUUUGAGCAUUUUGGGAGGUUGGAUAUUGUGGUUAACAAUGCUGGAGUCAAUAAUGAAAAAAACUGGGAAGUCACAGUCCAGAUUAAUUUGAUUUCAGUGAUUAGAGGAACAUACAUUGGUUUAGAUUACAUGAAAACAGAAAAUGGAGGCAACGGUGGGGCUAUUGUUAAUAUAGCAUCAUUAGCAGGACUUAUGCCUGUUCCAUUCCAACCAGUUUAUUGUGCUUCAAAGCACGGGGUUAUUGGAUUCACACGUUCAGUAGCUAUGGUCUCUAAAGCAGGAAAGUAUGAUGUACGGAUAAAUACAAUCUGUCCUAGUUUUGUUAACACACCAAUUCUUCAAAGCAUUGAAAAGGAAGAGAAUAUGGGCCAAUAUUUAACAUACAAAGAACAACUCAAAGAUAUGAUCAACCACUAUGGUUUAUUGCCCCCACCAUUAAUUGCUGAGGGACUGAUAAAAAUACUUGAAGACGACACAUUAAAUGGAGAAGUUAUGAAGAUAACAACAAACCAAGGGAUACAUUUUCAUGAAUACGGUCCAUCGCCAUUUCAGCCAGACAAGAAAUAA